CACGGCCCAGCGCGCCCCCGACCCCGGGCCCCGCCGCCGCCGCCGCCGCCAUGGCCCGGCCGCUGGUGCCCAGCUCGCAGAAGGCUCUGCUGCUCGAGCUCAAGGGGCUGCAGGAGGAGCCGGUGGAGGGCUUCCGGGUGACCCUGGUGGACGAGGGCGACCUGUACAACUGGGAGGUGGCCAUCUUCGGGCCCCCCAACACCUACUACGAGGGCGGCUACUUCAAGGCACGCCUCAAGUUCCCUAUCGACUACCCCUACUCCCCGCCAGCCUUCCGGUUCCUGACCAAGAUGUGGCAUCCCAACAUCUACGAGACGGGGGAUGUGUGCAUCUCCAUUCUCCACCCCCCAGUUGAUGAUCCCCAGAGUGGGGAGCUGCCCUCAGAGCGCUGGAACCCUACGCAGAACGUCAGGACCAUCCUGCUGAGCGUCAUCUCCCUCCUCAACGAACCUAACACCUUCUCGCCGGCGAACGUGGAUGCCUCUGUGAUGUACAGGAAGUGGAAAGAGAGCAAAGGCAAGGACCGGGAGUACACGGACAUCAUCAGGGCCCCGAGGAGACAGAGCGGUGACCUGUGGGCCCGUGUCUCCCGCAGGAAGCAGGUCCUGGGGACCAAGGUGGACGCAGAGCGGGACGGCGUGAAGGUGCCCACCACGCUGGCUGAGUACUGUGUGAAGACCAAGGCGCCAGCGCCCGACGAGGGCUCAGACCUCUUCUACGACGACUACUACGAGGACGGCGAGCCCGAGGCUGAGGCCGACAGCUGCUUUGGGGACGACGAGGACGACUCCGGCAACGAGGAGUCCUGACAGGGCGACCCCAAGAAUAAACGUACAGAUUUUACCUCAGCAGCCCCGGACUGUGUGGCGAGACUGCCCCAUGGGAGGGGUGCUGCCCGGCCCCCUGGGUGGUCUCCUCCCGGGCGUCGCCCUCCCUUCCCGCGCGUGUGUCCCGGGUCCCUUGCAGCCCGCCAGGUGGGGCGGGCCUGGGCGGCGGUGGCCUGAGGGACGCAGACCCGCCCGUGUGCGUGUUCAGCUCCUGCUGGCUGAGCCAGAGACUUGGGCCUGCGGCUCGCGCUGACGGAUUCACUUGUGGUCACCUCUUCUCUCUGCUUUGGUUUGUUUGGAAUCUAAAUAAAACGACUUUAUGAGAAGCUACAGAACCAACUGUCCUUGGCCUUCCCGAAGGACCGCAGAGAGCGGUGGGCCACCAGGUGCCCCUUCGGGCCAGGUCACGGCCCCAGAUUCUUGGGGCCAGCUGGUCUGCUGGCGGGGCCGGCCAUCAGGCCCCAGGCGGCCCCUCUGUGGCCGCAGCACCCCCAAGGAGUCCUGUGUGCUGGUGUCACCCAGGCCCGGUGGCUUCAUUUCAGUGUAACUGUUAAGUCCAGAGUGGCCUGGGCUCAGGGUCAGAUGGCAUCAGGACUGAGGUCCCCCCUUGGGUCAGACGAGCACACGCCCAGCCUGACCAGUCACUGCGCCUGGGGCUCAGACAACCCCACACAGGUGGGGGACGGGCCAGAGGGGCAGGUACAUCCAGGGUGCACACAGAUCCCCACGGCGGCCUGCACACGCCUUUCCCGGUUUGCCCUCGCGGUCUGGUGGUGUUUUAACCUGAAUGAUGUUUCUCCAUUAAAACGUGGAAGGUUUCACUCUU